GCCAAACAAAAACCGAGCGGAAAUUACUCGACUGCCCCGCGAAUCUGACGGCCGCUUCCCAACUCCGGCGACGACUCCUCGAUGGCCUCCGCCGCCGCCGUGAGUCUCCGGCGGGUGAUGCUUGCGUCGGCCGCGCUCAGGCUGGUCCUUGUAGUGUUCGGGGAGUGGCAGGAUGCCCACCUCGAGGUGCGCUACACCGACGUCGACUACCUCGUCUUCUCCGACGCCGCGGCCUCUGUCGCCGCCGGUGGAUCCCCGUUUGACCGCGCGACCUACCGCUACUCCCCGCUCCUGGCCUUCCUGCUCCUCCCGAACUCCCUUCUCCACGCCGCAUGGGGCAAGCUCAUCUUCUCUGCCGCAGAUUUGCUUGUUGGGUUGUUCAUCGACACCAUUCUGAAACUACGAGGCAUCCCUGAGAAAAUUCGGAUGCAGUCUGUUGCAGUUUGGUUGUUUAACCCUUUCACAUUCACUAUUGGCACAAGAGGAAACUGCGAGCCUAUAGUCUGUGCUGUCAUACUCUGGAUUCUCAUAUGUUUGAUGAAGGGUAGAGUAUUGCAGGCAGCAUUUUGGUACGGCCUCAUUGUGCACUUCAGAAUAUACCCAAUCAUAUAUGUGAUUCCAUUUGUUAUAGUUCUUGGCAAGAGUUAUGCUGGUCCUGCUAGUCGGCCUACUCUUACACUGUGGAGCUCGGAACAACACUUACAAAAUGACGAAGUUAGUCAAAGAGAAGAACCAACAUCAUUUGUGGCCACUGUAUGGUAUUUUCUUUCAAGCUUCAUAACAAGAAAUGCAAUCAUGUUUGGGCUACUCUCAGGAUCUAUGUUCUUUGCAUGGACCGGUGUUUUCUUCUACCUUUAUGGGUGGGACUUUCUAAAUGAAGCAUUACUUUACCAUCUUACUCGGACCGAUCCAAGGCAUAAUUUCUCGAUAUAUUUCUAUCAUAUAUAUCUACACCAUCGGCAAGGGUUCUCAAGCAUUCAGAGGCUUGCUUCAUUUCUACCUCAAGUGAUCGUGCAAUUGGCACUCAUCCUACGCUUCUCUAGGGAUCUUCCAUUUUGCAUGUUUCUCCAAACAGUAGCAUUUGUUGCGUUUAACAAGGUGAUGACAGCUCAGUACUUCAUGUGGUUCUUUUGCUUGUUGCCGCUCAUCCUCCCUUGGACCAGCAUGAAACUUAAGUGGAAGGGUCUGGCCUGCAUACUAGUGUGGAUGGGGUCUCAACUCCAUUGGCUCAUGUGGGCUUACCUGCUGGAAUUCAAGGGCCGAAAUGUCUUCAUACAACUUUGGGUUGCUGGUCUUGUGUUUAUGGCUGCAAACACCUUUGUUAUGCUCAUGGUGAUCAAACACCACAAGUACACUCCGCUCUUCUCGUCAGCAGUGAAGUCAGGUGGCAAUGUUGCUCUCAAGAAGGAGUAGCAUACUUGGGUUCUUUCCAUUGUGCCACUGAUGUAUAAUAAGAGCAGGGAUCAUGUUUUUUUUUUUUCUGUACCAGAUCUUAUGUGGCUUGCACCCAGUAAUUUUGCUCGUAGCUAAUGUGGUGACGUUACAUGAGCAGCACUUUCGGUUAUCGGAUUUUACAACUGAUUCAUAUUUCAGAAAGGACGGGUUUGAUUUGGUUGCAGAUGAACCCUGGGAGUUCUGGAUACUACUCAUGUGAACAGAAAUUUGUAAUCUACAUUUUCUUUCUUUUUCGUGUGCGCGUGCGCUUUUUGCUAAACUGUCUAGCGUUGCAAUUAGUUGGAUUUCCAAAACAAGAUUACACAAUA